GGGCAGGGCAGAAAUGUUGCUCUGCUGGCUUGGUGGCUCUCCCAGCCUCCCACCUUGGCAGGGGGAGCUGAGGAUCAGAGGAUCCCAGGAAGCUGCUGGAUCAGCCAAGGUGGAGCAGGGAGGAGCAGGAGGGGUGGCUGGUGUGUCCUGAGGGGACAACCUGGUGGCACCUGAGGCACCAGUGGGUGCCAAAUCAUUGCUCUGAGAGUGCAGGGGGGCUGCCAGGGCUGGGACCCCUCAGGGUUGUGUUGUGGCUCCCAAAUUCCCUGUGUGUGUCCCUGGAAGGGGAAGGAGGGGAGCUGGCUGCUGACGGGGGGAGCUGCUGCCUCCUGCACCCCUCAAGUGGCCUGUGGGAGGAAGUGGGAUUGCCCUGCUCCCCCCUCCUGUGCUGCUUUCCAGAGAGGAACCCAUGAGGUCCCCAGGGUGGGGACAUUGCUGGCAGUGUCCUUGUGCUGCUGCAGCUGUGGGGGGUGACACAGGGCCUGACUUUGGCUCCACAGCUGCCAGGCCAGGCUUCCCUGCACUCCUUGGCUUCUCCUGGUCCUGCUUUCCCAUCGCUUCCUGCAGCUCCUGCUGGCAUUCCCUGCUCCCUGCCCUGGCCUGGGAUGCACCCUGGGGAAGAGGUGGCACCCAGGGUGGGUGGCACUGAGGGUGGAUGGCACACAGCUGGAUGGCACCCAGGGUGGGUGGCACCCAGGGUGGGUGGCACCAUGGCCAGUGUCCUGUUUCAGCCCUGUUCCAUCCCUGUUCUGCAGCAGCGGCCCGGGAUGCCCCCCGGGGGCAGGAUGCCCAUGGCAGGGCUGCAGGUGGGACCCCCGGGAGCCCCCCCGUACGGAGCAGCGACCCCGCUGAGGCCCGGCCUGCCCCAGGCCAUGAUGGAUCCCUUCAGGAAGCGCCUGCUGACUCCCCAGGCACAGCCACCCAUGGCCACCCCGAGGAGAGGGGUGAAGAGGAGGAAGAUGGCUGACAAGGUGCUGCCACAGAGGAUCCGGGAGCUGGUCCCAGAAUCCCAGGCCUACAUGGACCUCCUGGCCUUCGAGCGCAAGCUGGACCAAACCAUCGCUCGGAAGAGGAUGGAGAUCCAGGAGGCCAUCAAGAAACCCCUGACGCAAAAGCGGAAGCUCAGGAUUUACAUCUCCAACACCUUCACCCCGGCCAAGGAGGAGGGAGAGGGGGGCGAGCGUGUGGCCUCCUGGGAGCUCCGUGUGGAGGGGAAGCUGCUGGAGGAUCCCAGCAAGCAGAAGAGGAAGUUCUCCUCCUUCUUCAAGAGCCUCGUGAUCGAGCUGGACAAGGAGCUCUAUGGGCCAGACAAUCACCUGGUGGAGUGGCACCGGAUGCCCACGACCCAGGAGACCGACGGCUUCCAGGUGAAGCGUCCCGGGGAUGUCAAUGUGAAGUGCACCCUGCUGCUCAUGUUGGACCACCAGCCCCCCCAGUACAAGCUGGACCCACGGCUGGCCCGGCUGCUGGGGGUGCACACCCAGACCAGGGCCAGCAUCAUGCAGGCCCUGUGGCUCUACAUCAAACACAACAAACUGCAGGACAGCCACGAGAAGGAGUUCAUCAACUGCAACCGCUACUUCCGCCAGAUCUUCAACUGCGUCCGCAUGCGCUUCUCCGAGAUCCCCAUGAAGCUGGCAGGGCUCCUGCAGCACCCGGACCCCAUCAUCAUCAACCACACCAUCAGGUCCCCCCAACCCCAUUCCCCCAGUGUGGACCCCAAUGACCAGAAGAAGACAGCCUGCUACGACAUCGAUGUGGAGGUGGAUGAUCCCCUCAAAGCCCAGAUGAGCAAUUUCCUGGCCUCCACCACCAACCAGCAGGAAAUCGCCUCCCUGGAUGCCAAGAUCCACGAGACCAUCGAGUCCAUCAACCAGCUGAAGACACAGAGGGAUUUCAUGCUGAGCUUCAGCAACAACCCCCAGGAUUUCAUCCAGGAGUGGAUCAAAUCCCAGAGGAGGGACCUCAAGAUCAUCACGGAUGUGAUCGGGAACCCCGAGGAGGAGCGGCGGGCCGAGUUUUACCAACAGCCCUGGGCGCAGGAGGCCGUGGGCAGACACAUCUUUGCCAAGGUCCAGCAGCGCCGGCAGGAACUGGAACAAGUGCUCGGGAUCCGCCUCACUUAAGGCGGGCGGGGCCCGGGGGCCGCUCCCGCCCCGCUGCCCGAGCCGGACGGUACCGACUGGAAACCACAGCACUUGCACAAACCCGAUGUGCCUGGAGGGAUGGGAGCCCCCCGGGGCUCCCCGGGCCGAGCACAGCGGAGUCCCCGCUCCCCCCAGGCCCCCGCAGCGCCUCCUCCGCUUUGCAUCGCGCCCCUCCCCGCGCAGCCCCCGCGGGUUCCCCGCUCCCCUCCCGCUCCCAAAACUCCCCCGGCAGCCGGGAAGCGCUGCCCGUGCCCUUGGGGAGGAGCUGCCAGCCCCACCCCGAGCCCCGCAGGCCCGCCCUGCCCCUCUUCUACCAAAGUUCGUCAUUCCAAACGCCAGCUCCCCCCGACGUUUUGCACUAUUUUUGUGAACAGGUUUUAUAUAUAUAAAAAAAAAAAACCACGAAAAAAGAAAAAAAGGCAGCGUUUUGUACAGUGGGUUUGUAUUUGAUUAAUUAAUAUAUUGAUUGAGUUCCUCUUCCCACACUGGGCUCUGCAGGGUCUCAGGGAGGCUCCCAGGGCUGCUCUGGAGAUACGGAACCGAGAGCUGGGGCUCAUUUUGUGACAAUCAGUUUAUUCCUUACCCCCCCUCCCGCUGUUUUACAUAAUUCCAUAAUUAACCACUUGUCUUGACGAGGUUUGGGGGCAGAGGGGCUGGCUCUGCCCCAGGAGCCUGUGGGGGCACAGGGGCACCAAGAACUGGAGAUACGGGGGAGAAGGGAGGGGACCAGGGGGCAGUGCCACCACUGCCACCCCCACUGAAGUGCCUUUGCCCCCCUGCAGGCUCCGAGAUGGGGGGGCGUUUACAGAUUCCCAGGGUUGGGCUCAGGGGUUCCUGCUCUGCCUCUCAUGUAACCAGUUUUUGUCUAUUUUGGAUCUUUUCUAAUAAAAGCAGUUAGCAGCA